UCUGUUUGGCUUGUAACCCUCAAAGCUAGUUGUUGAUUUCUGUAGUAAAACUUUGUGGGGACUUAAAUUAACCCACAAAAAAUGUCAAGCAAUACUUUUAAAGGUCUUAGCUUUCAUUGAAGUUCUUCAACCGACCGCGAGAGAAGUUCUACCAUUGAAGUUCUUCAAAGGCAUGGUCUAUUUAUACAAAAAUACAAAACCAUCGAAGCAUUUCGCCAGCGAUGGAAGAGUGGUCUAAUUAAACAGCGGCAAAGGUGCAACCCCCGAUAAGUUGGUAGCAAAGUUUCUGGCUGUACACAAAAUCAAUCAGCGCUGCAAUAUGCCAGCCAAUAUAGAGCUUCAGCUUGACACGCUGAUAAAGACAUUGAGAAGCAAAGAUAAAAAUUACAAAACAAAAAUAAGAAAACAAUCAUAUUAAUCACGAGUCGAUGUCGUAGUGGAGUGGGAACGCAAUCAGCCACAUGCAAUGGCGUCGAUGAUGCGGGGAAACGCGUUUUUACAUAUUGAGAUAUUAUUUCGGAUAGAAGACAAUGCGAAGACUUGCAAAAACAGUAAUAAGCGAAACGAGCUCUCAGCCGGAGCGCAAGCGGGGCACCAUUUAGGUUUGUCGAAAAUUACAGUGAAACACAAAUCUUUUUAGAUAAAUACCAAAAGCUGAGUAGUCAACGAAAUGACACGUCGUGGCAAAUUUGUAGUAAACAAAGUGAGCAAUGCCAGAAUACAUUUCAACAGGUACGCACACUCAGCACCAGCACCACCAGGUCCAGCAGCACCGCAACACUGCCACAAUGUGAGCAGCAGCGCACCCGCGCAGGUGGGUUGUAGCGUACGGCGUGCCACACAGCCACCGCCGCCACCCACGCUCACGCUUACACAAAAGCUCGAAUUCGUAUUGACGCUCGUUAAUCGUUUGCUUAUCGGCUUCAUAACAAUUUACUUGUGUUGGAUGAGUCUGCGUUUGGAUAGCAAGGAUAUUCCGUGGCAUGCGGUCUUUUGUACGCUGGGUUUCCUCUGCUUGAUGUCCGAGGGUCUCAUGGCCUACUAUCGCGGCAACGUCUGGACCCAAGUGUGUCAUCGGCCGGAAAAGGCGCGUUUGCAUUGGGUGUUACAGUUGUGCGGCGCCAUAAUCGGUCUCAUUGGCAUUGUGAUUAAAAUGUUUCUGGAAGAGGUGCACUUUCACACGCGUCACGGCAUCAUAGGUCUGGCGACCAUGGUCAUUUUAUUCAUCAGCUUAUUGAGCGGGCUCAGCUCACUUUACGCCACCGAAUUGAAGGGUCGUCUACAGCCACGUUUUAACAAAACAUUGCACAAUAUUAUUGGCCUAAUUACGUUUACAUUGGCCAUGCUAAGCAUGUAUUACUCCUUUGAGACACAACUAUUUAACGAUUACUCGUUAGAUGCCUCGACUUAUAUGGACUUCCGUUUGCUCUUGGAGAUUAUCACCAUUCUUAUAUUCGUGUUGACCGCCUACGGGCCUUUGUGGUGCUUGUUUUAUAGUCGUUUGUAGUACACGAAGGGAUAGUUAGUGAUAUUGAAGAUUGGAAAGUGACACAAAGAUGACAAGAAGAUUCUAGCUUUACAAAUAGAAAUUUAUAACAGAAUUUUUCUGAGGAAAAAACUUGAAAACUCCAUGGUGUUAGCAUGACUAACACGACUUUUACAGUUUCAAAAACACUGCAUACGAACAUAAACACAUUAACAACAACAAAAUCAUCUACUUUAACGCUGUUAAACUCUAAACAAUGCAAGAAGUGAAUGUUAAUUAUCCCUGCCCACUAGAAAUGAAAACAAAACGGUUUAGCUUUUAUUUUUGCAAUCGCUUUGUGCAGUUUUAUUUAAUUUGCAUAUUAUUUAAUAUAAGAAUGUGUGUAUAAUAGUUGUCACAAAUAAUACUUUUUGAAUGCCGCAAUAUAAAUUAAUAUGAGUUCUCAUAAAAUACGCUGCAAUAUAUAUAAAUAAAUAAAUAUCACGUAUGACCUAAAUAAUGUUUAUAAAAAAAAAUUCGUAAAUUCAGUUUUUUCGGAGUUAAGUUGUGAAAUUGUAGAAUUGUUAUGUUUUAAAUGGAUUCAAUGUAUACUUGUUUGUUUAUAUGUAUGUAAAUGUGCUGUGAUGUCAUGGAUUUAUGAAAUAGGAUUUUAUUUUUAGUUGAAAUAUUAGUAUAU